AUGGCUGGUCCAACAAGCAUGGCAAUUGCUAACAAUGCAACUUUGAAAAGGUCUUUUACGGCGAUCACACCUUCACCACCUUCGCCGGACUUGAGUGGAUUAUCUAAAACAUAUUGGGGUAUACAAUUAGUCCGGAGCACACACGAAUCAUUGGCGCAGGCUCCUGUAGUCAAACGUCGCAAUCUUUCUGAAAGACGGAAGAUGCCAUCAGCAGCAGGUCCCCGAAUGUACGAGAAUCAUAUACCGUCAUUCAUGUCAGUGUAUGGUAUGGAUUCGAACAUCAUGGAUGGUUCAUCGUUAGACGGCGCUCACACCAAACUAUCGGCUAGUCCGUAUGACAAUCAACAAUUACAUCAAAGCUCAGAAGUCAAGACCGAUAGCAAUUUACUUCAGAUACAUUCCCAUCAACAUCGGGAAAGUACUUCAACACAAGCAUCCGAUUCGACGGACUCUUCACCCACCACGACAGUAUCUACGGUAGAUUCAUCUUCACUAUCAGAUCCAUCACCAAGUUCUUCACCUGAAUCGCCAAUCACACUCGUCCCAUUAUCUUCAUUCACUGGGUCUUCGUUUGGUCUAGAUUCUUUUCAAAAUUUAAAGAUGGGCGAAGUAGAUACAAGGCCGCCGCCGAUAACCAUUGAACGACCUAUGACUUCACCUUCGCCAAGGAAGAAGAAUCCCAAAAGUCUGGCUCUCAAUCUUCGACCAAGCAUUGAUGAAUUCACCUCGGAACCGGCUUCCCCUUCGUUUAUCAAACCGCCACCACUGAAGGCUAGGAAAAAGCCAAGUAUAUUAAGUUUAAAUACUGGAACCGCCAACCUGACUUUGGAACCUAUGGGACAAGGAACAUCUUCAAUGUUGCAACGAAGAGGUCUGAAACAUUCUGUCUCGUCGCCGCAAAUGCUUUCAAUGACAACACCAGGCUUUGGCCCUAGUGGUGGAAUGACACUGGGUGACCCUUCCAGAGGAUUUGGAGGUUCGAGAUUGAAAGAAUCUGGCGCCCCGAGAGAUACGUUCACCAUUAAUGAAGAUGAUGCACCCUCACCAACAGGAGUUCAGAUGGCAACUCGAGCACCAGGGAUGUCUAUUGGCGGUGAUUCAUUUGACAGGCCACCUACUGGUGAGGAUUGCAAGUCUCCAUCAUAUCCUGAUGGUCCAAUCCUCAUGCAUGAACCAACCAUUCAUCUAUACUCAGAGCCUAAAAUGGAAGAGGCUGCAGAAUUUGAUGUUGUGAUCAAUGUCGCGAGGGAAGUUAAAAAUCCAUUCGAGGCAAAAUUGGAGGAAAUGGAGAAGGAGAAAAGAGUUAGCUACAUGACUGCCGCGUCCAGGCAUAACUCUGUGGAUCCAUAUGCUGAGAUACCCGGUACAGCUGGAACCAUUUCCUCUUUCCAAACUGCUUACGAGACUCAACCGGCUGGUUCCGAAUCGAGUUCUGCGGAGUCAUCUCCAUCUACACCACGACCUAACACCUCGGAAAUGAAGAUUCCCGAGUACAUUCAUAUUCCUUGGGACCAUAACACAGAUGUGCAAGAUGAAUUGUGGGAUUUGUGCCAAACUAUAGAAUCCAGAGCUAAGGAGGGCAAAAGGGUUCUGGUGCAUUGCCAACAAGGUGCUAGCCGAUCGGCAACCUUAAUCAUUGCAUAUGGAAUGUACAUCAACCAAGAUUUAUCAGCAAACGAAGCGUACAAUUUGGCACAAUCGAAGUCACGUUGGGUCAAUCCAAACAUGUCUCUUCUCUUCUCAUUAAACGACUUCAAAAAGGUUAUUGAGAGAAAGAAGUUGGAGAACCAAGCAUCUCAAAACAAAGACACAGUCAUCAGGAAUAAGAGUCUGACCCGACACAGACAGUCGCUCUCUGCCAAUGAUCUCGAUACCGCAUCUUCCCCGGGCCGUAACAGAGCAAACUCGUCUCAUGUUUCGCCGCCUAGAGAUCCGGUUGUCAGAGAGCCUUUGGUCACGAAGAUCGCCUCAAUCAAGGAACCCGAGAUCAAAGAAGAGACAAAUUCUGUUUGUAAUUCGGCAAUUGAUCGUCUAAGCCGUUUUAACUUCGGAUUCGGUGACACUCCACGCAUCGAACCUUUCACCAAAUUCGAAGAUAGUCCCAGAGUCGAUCGAUUGCCAUCACAAGAAGAUAAAUGGCAGCUUGAUACGAUGUCUCCUCGACCACAGGAUGAUGACGCGCAUCCUGAUAUAAUGUCGCCGCGUAUAACUGAGAUGACUCGUAAUCCUCUCGAACAUGCCUUCGCACGUGGUAUUCCACAAGAAUCUUCCUCUAGUGGAACACCCAGUCUCUUCUCUCCACGUGGAUUUGAUUUUCAGCGGACAACAUUCUUCCCUCCAACUGUCGCAAUUCAUCCAAAUCUCCCUCCCGCACAAGAUCCUAGGAGUCCACCUAUAACAGGAGAAGCUACUAUUACACGAUCUAUCGACGAUUUUCUUUGA